AUCCAUUUCCUAUGGAAAACACAACAUUCCCUUUAGAUGUCCACAUUCUGCCAUUUUUCAUGAAAACUGGCAAUACAUUUUUUAUCUUUAGCACUGUCUACUUUUUCUUCAUCUAUGUAUUUGGAAUACUGGUGAACACAGUUAUCAUUGCAGUGAUAUGUUUGGACCUCCAUUUGCACACCCCGAUGUAUUUAUUUCUCUGCAACUUGUCUGUUGUUGAUAUUUCUUAUAUAACUGUUACCAUUCCAAAACUCCUCUACAUCUUAUUUUCUGGAAAUAAUUCAGUGCCAUUUACACAAUGUCUUAGUCAAAUGUAUUUUAUGUUGCUAGCGGCCAGUGCUGAGGAAACCAUUCUAUUUAUAAUGGCGUAUGACCGUUAUGUCGCAAUUUGUCACCCUUUGCACUAUCAUCGUAUACUUAGUAAGAAAAUCUGCACAUUACUAAUAAUAGCAAUCUGGAUUAGUGGGUGUGUAAAUUCUUCUUUUGUUACAAUUUCAAUCUUAAAAAUAAUUUUCUGCUCUUCUGUUACCAUUCAUCAGUUCUUCUGUGAUGCUAAAGCUCUCGUCAACAUUUCCUGCGGUGGCACUGAAGUGUUUCGCAUCGUCCUGUUUGCAGAGUUAUUAGUAUUUGGUCUCUGCCCAGUUAUGUGCAACUUGAUAUCCUAUGUAAAAAUUAUCAGGAUCAUACAAGGCAUAAAAUCUAAGGAUGGCCGAAGAAAAGUAUUUUCCACCUGUUCAUCCCACCUCAUUGUUAUGGCCAUCUACUAUGGAUCUUCUGUAUCUGUAUACUUGACCCCAUCAUCAGAUCACUAUGAGCUCCUGGAACAAAUCUUAACAAUAUUCUACACCACAGUGGUUCCCAUGUUGAACCCUCUCAUAUACAGUCUACGAAACAAAGACGUGAAGAAUUCUUUCCAUAAACUGGUGUUGUAACAUUCAAAAGUAGAGAGGAGAUUUGAGUUCAUCACUAUCAUGGACUUGCAUCGCAUUCUGCAUUAUCGACAUUACAGAGGAAGUAAACCUCGCCAAUUUAAAGUAAAGGCAUAAUGUGCUAGUAUGCAUUGCAUACUUACCUUAGAACAAAGCCCUGCACUGCCGCCAUUUGAGCUCUUGCAGACGCUUCCAUCUUCACCCUGUCUUCCUUUCCUG